AUGUUCCCCGGGCACCUUCAUCUGCUGCCGCAGACGCCGCAGCUUCACUUCCUCUUCACUGUAAUUCGCAACGUGGAGACGCCGCGUACGGACUUUGUUUUCUACUCAGAGCGCAUCAUGCGCCUCAUCCUUGAGGCGGCGCUGUGCAUGAUCCCUGUGAAACCGUUUAAUGUCAUCACGCCAACAGGUGCUGUGUACAAGGGCGUGCGCCCGGACGACCGCGGCAUCAUCGGCGUCUCCAUCAUGCGCGCUGGUGAGUCGAUGGAGCGUGUGCUGCGUGAAAUGUGCCGUGGUGUACGUAUCGGAAAGAUCCUUGUCCAGCGCGACGAGGCGAGCGCCGAGAAGGUCCCCGAUGCACGCUUCAGCUACACAAAGGUGCCGAAGGAUGUAGCCUCGCGCCGCGUGCUGCUGCUAGACCCCAUGUGCGCCACCGGUGGAAGCGUCAUCAAGGCGACGGAGAUCCUGAUCAAUGAGUACGGCGUGGACGAGGAGAACAUCAUCUUCUUGAACGUUAUCUCCGCCCCGGCAGGCCUCAGGAAGUACCUCGGUCAAUUCCCCAAGGUUCAGAUUGUGACCGCGGCCAUCGACGACGACUUAGAUGAGAACAUGCACAUCCUGCCCGGCCUCGGUGACUUUGGCGACCGCUAUUUCGGCACGAUUGAGGGCUAG